GAAGGGUGGAUAUUCUCUCUAGGGGCUACAUUGUAACAAUUAAUAAAUGUACGUAGCCCGUAAUCUAGGUUACAUUUUAACAUCUAAAUUGUAACUAUUUAAAAUAUAUAUAGUUGAAAAUUGUAGCCAUUAGCCAACAAAUGCUUAGCCACACGACAGUGUAGUUUAAUUAUCAAGAAGUUCUCUAGUAGGAAGUUGACUUUCACCUCAUAGGCUACGAAAAGGGGGCUUUCUCAGAAAGGGAAACACGUAAUGUAACCCAAGCUACUUCAAUAGCAGUGUUAACAGAUCGGACGAAUUGUCAACGAGAUUUCAAAGAAAAUGUCGAUCUCACUUCUGACUGUCUUUCUUGCGGAAGCAAUACUCUGCACAGUUUCAGGUGAACAGCUCUACAGAAAAGUGGGAGGUGAGCUCGUGUUGACACCUGACAAGUCCACAGUGACUGACUCCAUCACAAGCAUCCUAUGGAAGCAUGGGAGGAACAAGGUGGCAGAGUGGGACAAGGAUUUUGGUCCUCUGGACAUCUAUGCUGCCUUCAAAAACCGUACAACCCUGGACAAUACUACUGGAGAGCUGAGAAUCAGUAGAUUGAAAAAAACAGACAGUGGAGUUUAUUCUGUGGAAUUCAACAGCAAACUGCUUGGCCAGACAUAUACACUAUUUGUUAUCCAGGCAGUCCCCAAACCCACAAUCACUUCUUCCUGUAACCCAGACAAAACCUCCUGCACUCUGACCUGUGAGGGCAACACCACUGAUGCUGAACCAGUCACCUACAGCUGGAAAAAGGGAGAGAGGGCAUGGCAGGACUUAGACAAACAGCUGAUUGUCUUUAAGAACUACACUGGCAAAUCAACCAACAGUUACACGUACUUCUGCAAGAUGAAGAACUCUGCUGGGGAAGGUGAAGUCAGCGAGCCAGUGGUGUUAGGCUCAGAUGGCUGGUUGACCAAGGCCAGGUUCAUUGGUAUUUCUGUCUUUGUUCUUGCUGUUGCUGGAGUUCUAUCGUUCAUUUUUGGUCAUAGAGCUAAAACAGGAGUUUGGAUCUAUGAGAAAGAAUCAAUGCCAUGGAAAGGAGAAUUUUGGAAAAGCCAGAGAGAAGUGGGACCUAACACUGACACAUCAAAUGGAGUUUCUGCAUCCACAGAGGAAGCCUUGGCGAGGGAAAAUUAUCAUAAAGAUGAUUCGGUAUUGUAGGACGCUGUGGAUCUGUGGGCCAGAGGAUCACUGUGGAUCAAGAGAAACAAACAUCUAGACAACGAGCACUGGAUGACAAAAAGAAUGUUACAUCCCGAUCUGAGAAAUAGAGGUCAAUUUGAGUUACAGAUGUAGGAUCUUCAUUUGAGCUAAGCUGAGUUUGUUACGGCAGGAAAAUAGUCCUGCAGAAAGGAACUUUUAAUUAUAUGGAUUAUAAUACAGUUUGUAGGGGUUAAUAUUUAUUUUUAUUUUAUUUAACUAGGCAAGUCCGUUAAGAACAAAAUCUUAUUUUCAAUGACGGCCUAGGAAUAGUGGGUUAACUGCCUGUUCAGAACGACAGAUUUGUACCUUGUCAGCUCAGGGAUUUGAACUUGCAACCAUCCGGCUACUAGUCCAACACUCUAACCACUAGGCUACCCUGCCGCCCCUAUAUAUAUUUUUUUGUACAGGAAAAUCAAGUCAGAAGUUUCAAAGUGGAAAUUACUAAUUUCAGAAGCCCUUUUAAGCCUUGAGUACAUUACAAGUUUUACAUGCUUAGGGCCUCCCGAGUUGCGCAGUGGUCUAAGGCACUGCAUUGCAGUUGCUAGCUGUGCCACUAGAGAUCCUGGUUUGAGUCCAGGCUCUGUCGCAGCCGGCCGAGACCGGGAGACCCAUGGGGCGGUGUAUAAUUGGCCCAGCGUCGUCUAGGUUAGGGGAGGGUUUGGCCAGUGCAUGCUGAAACGGUCGCCAGGUGUACGGUGUUUCCUCCGACACAUUGAUGUGGCUGGCUUCCGGGUUAAGCGGGCAUUAUGUCAAGAAGCAGUGCGGGUUGGUUGGGUCGUGUUUCGGGGGACGCAUGGCUCUCGACCUUCGCCUCUCCCAAGUCCGUACGGGAGUUGCAGCGAGGAGACAAGACUGUAAUUACCAAUUGUAUAUCACGAAAUUGGGGAGAAAAAUGGGUUAAAAAAAUAUAUAUAUAAAAAGUGUACAUGCUUUGCAGGAAAGAACCAUUUGCAAAGUAAAUUGCUAAACCUUACAAAUUCUUAGGAUCAUAGACAAACCUAUGACACCAAUGACUACUACACUGAGUAUGUUUACAUGCACACAAAUGAUUCAAUAUUAGCUAAUUAGGGUUAAUACUCAGAGUUUGGCAUCAGUCAUGUCAACACCUUACUCUGAUUUUCUUAAUCGGUGUACGGUCAAAAGAUAAGUAAGCAUAUGCCGCAAUCUUUCUAAUUAUAAUGGUAUGUAAACAUCCGAAUCUCACUUCCAGUGGUGUAUUAAUGGCAUGUAAACAUCUUAAUCUCAAUUCCAGUGGUGUAUUAAUGGCAUGUAAACACCUUAAUCUCACUUCCAGUGGUGUAUUAAUGGCAUGUAAACACCUUAAUCUCACUUCCAGUGGUGUAUUAAUGGCAUGUAAACAUCCUAAUCUCACUUCCAGUGGUGUAUUAAUGGCAUGUAAACAUCCUAAUCUCACUUCCAGUGGUGUAUUAAUGGCAUGUAAACACCUUAAUCUCACUUCCAGUGGUGUAUUAAUGGCAUGUAAACACCUUAAUCUCACUUCCAGUGGUGUAUUAAUGGCAUGUAAACACCUUAAUCUCACUUCCAGUGGUGUAUUAAUGGCAUGUAAACACCUUAAUCUCACUUCCAGUGGUGUAUUAAUGGCAUGUAAACACCUUAAUCUCACUUCCAGUGGUGUAUUAAUGGCAUGUAAACACCUUAAUCUCACUUCCAGUGGUGUAUUAAUGGCAUGUAAACACCUUAAUCUCACUUCCAGUGGUGUAUUUGAUCUGCACAUGUGCUAUCAUGAGCAGCGUGAACCUCCUUUUCUGGCACAGGUGAAGUGAGUUUGGAAAAUCUGAAAGUAUGUAUAGUUUUCACAUGCAAACAUUAUAUAGUAUGUCCAAACUCUGAAUCAAAUAGGCUUCCCAAAAAUGAUAUGAUCGAUGUGAUAGAACGUUUAUGUUGAUUGGUGAUUUUCAGGUUGCCUGAAUAUGACCUGUCCACCGGAUUGUAGAGGAAAUCGUUCUUCUCGCAAAGCAUGUAAACGUUUUAAUCAAACUAUAAUAUGAAUCAGAGUAUUAACACUAAUCAUAUUAUUGAAUGCAUAUAAACAUACCUGUUGUUACAUGAAA